AUGGAAAUAGAAUUGUACAAACUUAAUCGAAUUCUUAAUUGCAAUGAAUUCAGAAAAAUUGGAACCACAACUCGCUCUCAUUUGUUUUCUUCAAGAGUGAAAAAGGAUAUUAAAACUAGCAACAUUGCUAUUAAGACUUUUAUACAAACCAUUCAUAACGAUGUACAAAGGAUCAUUAAAAUUCCUCCUCAUUCUAGACAUAAUCUUACGUUUAAAGAAAAAGAAGCUCUUAAAGAUCUCCGGCAAGAUUCAACUAUUGUCAUUCGCCCCGCAGAUAAGGGGGGCGCUAUUGUUAUUCAAGCAUAUCAGCAAUACAAAAAAGAAAUUAUGAGACAAUUACAAGAUGUUAAGACAUACAAGAAACUAACAUUUGACCCGGUUAAAAAAUUUCAACAAAGGAUUAAUCAUCUGAUUGAAAUAGGUCUCCAGGGGAAUUACAUUGAUUCUAAUACGGCAAAAUACUUACAAGUGGAAUUUCCUAUCCACCCG